AUGAAGUUACUAGCUAUAUUUCUGUUGAUGGCAGUUGCCAGGCACAGCAUAUAUGCUGAUAACUUGCAAAGUGACAUAACUUCUAACCAAACGGAUAGUAUAUUUGGCAAUAAAGUAAGAGAUGCACUGGAAAAAAUCAGGAUAAUUAUGAAAACAGGAGAUGAGUCCAUAGGUUUUCCAAAAUUAGAUCCUUAUAAUUCAGAUUACAAAGAUAUAAAUAUUAAUAAAGAAUUGAUCAACCUUAACGGCAAAUUUAAUAAUUGCCACAUCGAAGGAUUAUCCAAUUUUACUAUUAAUAAUGCUGAUUAUGAAUUAACCAAGUCAAAUGUAGUGAUUGAUUUAACAUGGCCCAAUGUCAAAGGAAAUACUUUGUAUGACAUACAGGCCAUGUUGAUUGCAAAAUAUCCAAUUUUUGGAGUAGGUAACUUAAGUGUUGAAUUGCAAAACUUCAACUUUGCUAGCAAAAUUAAAGUGAAAAUAGAUUUUGUAAAGGGAAGAAUAUCCAUGCUUGGUUUGAACGAUACUCACAUCUCUCUUCAGAAACUAAAUCUAAAUAUUACUGGAUUAUAUAACAAUGAAGAAAUGUCAAAGGUGCUAAGCUCAGUUAUAAGUGACAUGGCUCCACAAGUAUUAAUUGAUUUUCAAGAAGAGAUAACCAAUCGAAUUAAUAUGACGGUGGUUCCACUUGCCAAUAAAUUUCUUGAAAAUGUCGAUAUUUGGAAAUAUGUUGAUAAUAAACAGCAUGAAUGA